GAGCGGGAGCCGCCGUGGAGGUGACAGCGGUGGAGCGCGGCAGCGGUGAGCCUCUUCCUCCUUCUUCGGUCGCCAUUUCGGGAUGCCGUGAAGGGGAUGCGUUGUUGCCUCGGGGGGCUCUGUGGCCCUGCCAUCGCUCGGGCCCGAGCGGUGGCAGGGUCACGCAGCCGGCCGGCGGGGCUGGAGGUGCUCUCACCCUGGCCGGGUAGUGUGGGCCGCCCUUCGGCCCGGGAUCCAAACCUCUACUUUGAAUGCACGCCCUGAGUUUGUGGGACACACUCGUCACGGGGCGUCCUGAGGGGACAAAACUAAGCUGGGGAAAAAAAAUACACUUCUUCCAGUCAAUGUAGGCGCUGGUAUUUAACUAGAAUACGUGUUCUGGAGUUACUGUUUUGGUGAGGUUUUAAAUACUGUAUAUCUAAGAAAAGAUGGCAGAUCCUUGGCAAGAAUGUAUGGAUUAUGCAGUUGCUUUAGCAAGGAAAGCUGGGGAGAUAAUCCGUGGAGCACUCAAAGAAGAAAUAUCUAUUAUGACUAAAAGUUCACCAGUAGAUCUAGUGACAGAAACUGAUCAAAAAGUAGAAAACUUCAUUAUUUCUUUGAUAAAAGAAAAGUAUCCUUCUCACAGCUUCAUCGGAGAAGAAUCUGUUGCAGCUGGAGAGGGCAGCAUUUUGACAGAUAACCCCACAUGGAUUAUAGACCCUAUUGAUGGAACUACCAACUUCGUACACAGGUUUCCAUUUGUGGCAGUUUCAAUUGGCUUUGUUGUAAACAAAAAGAUAGAGUUUGGAAUUGUUUACAGUUGUGUGGAAGACAAGAUGUAUACUGCCAGAAAAGGAAAAGGUGCAUUUUGCAAUGGUCAGAAACUUCAAGUAUCAGGCCAAGAAGACAUUACAAAAUCCCUUUUAGUAACAGAAUUGGGAUCAAAUCGUGAUCCAGACACUAUAAAAAUAAUUCUAUCUAACAUGGAAAGACUUCUCAGUAUUCCUAUUCACGGGAUUAGAGCCGUUGGUACAGCAGCUGUGAACAUGUGCCUUGUGGCAACGGGUGGAGCUGAUGCCUAUUAUGAAAUGGGGAUUCACUGCUGGGAUAUGGCAGGGGCUGGAAUCAUUGUUACUGAAGCAGGCGGAGUACUGCUAGAUGUAUCCGGUGGACCAUUUGAUUUGAUGUCUCGAAGAAUAAUUGCAGCAAGUAGUCAAGCUAUAGGAGAGAGAAUAGCCAAAGCACUUCAAAUAAUUCCUCUGAAAAGGGAUGAUGCAACUAACUGAAUACCAAAACUACACCUAUGAAAUUAUGUAAUGUUGUCUCAUACUCCCAUGUGGUGGUUGUUCUACACCUUGAACCUGAUAAAAAGAUAGAUAAAUAGAUGUUAGUCUUUCAGUACUGGUAUGACUGCUAAGUAGUGUUUUGAGAUUGGGCAAACGUUGUAAGUAAGCUUUUACUGUUAGGUAUUUUAUUUAACUUCAAAAUGACAUAAAGAUCUAUAAAAACAAGCAAAUGUAUACAACUAAUAUUUUCAAGUUUUAUACUACACUGGAAAGCAUAGCAAGAGACUCUUGGAUGUAGAGAUAAAUAAAAAUUACUAGUUCCAUAAGUGACAAAACAAAAUUUACUGUCUUAACACCACAUCAUCGCAUCUGAUCCUGAACCCAAAAAGAUAAGGCAUUACUGGUUAUCCAGUCUUUCUCUGUCUGGUCUAUUGUUUUCUUCAGUGUCAUCAUGUAUCCAUUUCCUUACAUUGUUACAGUUUUUGUAGCAGUAGUUCACACAUUUCCAAGCUUUUUUUAGUUGCUUGUAAUUUUGGCUCUAAUUUAAAGUCAUUACUUAGCUGUCAUUGGUUUUGUAGUCAUCAUUCUACCUUUCUCAUGGUAGAUAAACACAAUCUCUUCUUUAGCCUCUUAUGUGGCCAGUACGUUUCCAAAUUCAUUACAGUUGCAAAAAUAAUAAGUUAUUGUGCCAGAAAAUAUGUGUAUCUCCCAGGAAUAAGUUCUGAGCACACCUUCUAUCACCAAAUAGACUUACUCUAAGUAAGUCUUGGCAGUUAUAAUUCCUGUUAAUUUUGCUUGGAUUUCUCCAUGCAUGAGUGUGUUUCAAAGUCUAAGGAAUCAUUAAAAUCCAGGAUAAUUUUCAGUAACUCAGCUGGCAAAAAAAUAAGCCCAUAGUUCAGAUUUUUUUUUACAUAAUUUUCUAUAACUUAUGAAAGCAGCAACCAAUGUGGAUCAGGUUUCCAUUGUGUUAUAGAGGCACAAAAGAAGGUAUGUAACUAAACCUGAAGGGUUUAUAAAUCUAAGAAAUAUAAGUAAUUUUGUUCUUGGUAUCAUUUGUUUUAAACUUCAAAAAAUAUACUAGUUUUUUUAAUUUUUGUAUUUAAGAUUGUUAACAGUAUCAGUGUACUGUUCAAACAAUUAAUGCACUUUAAAAAAAAGAGUUAACUUAGAUCAGUUUUUAGACUGAGUUUUCGGUGUCUAAUGUUUCCUAAAGAAAGUUGUCUUAUUGGUGGUCCAGUCAAGACACAGCAAUGCUUUGGAAAACCUGACUUUUUGUACUGCUGUCCCACUAUUUUUGUUUUGGAAGAUGGUAUUCUCUGUCUUGAAGUUUCAACAGAUCUCUUAUUAUAAAUUUCACUCUUUUAUAUCAGUUGAUUUUUGCAGAUUUUGCAGAAAUACUUAAUUUGAAGUUGUAUCAAAUGCCAAAUGAUCAAUGUCAAUGAGAUCAGCCUGCUAUUUAAUAAAAUCCUCUCAAAAAGCCAGACUUAAAUUAAUUUUACUUUUUAAAUUACCAUUGCCAAGGAUAGAAACUUUUUGAGUAUUUCACUGUAACUUUAUUGCUGUAAAUGAUAUGAGAUCAUCAUUUCUUGAGAAGUAUGUCUACCAUUUCUGUGGCUUUUGUAUAACAAAUUCUGCAUAACUUUUUUAAACUGAUUUAUUUGUGAAAUGGAAAGGUCUAAAAAAUACUUGAGAUGGGAGAGCACACUCAAAAUAAAUAUGCUUUAGCAGCA